GUGGGCUUAGGACCCACCCGGGAAGGCAAGUGGUACCGGAAGUACAUCUUCUGCCUUUUUAUCUCGAUGCGCUGUCUUUCACCCCAGUUUUCCACUGCCAGUUCAAACGUUUGGUCCAAAGCUUUGGAUGAGACCAAGACCUAUUCCUUCUCUCCACCACCGUCCAUUUUUUGGUCCCUUCUUCCUUCCGGAAGGCGGUGUCUGCUGUUGGGAAGUUCUCCAGGGUGGCUUCUAUUUUCCCUCCCUGACAUUUUCGUGGAAGCCGAUUUUCCCUGGAAGACCGUGGAUUCUUGUUUUUUUUCAUCUUCCUUAAGUGGGAGCAGGGGAUCCUCUUCUGGGGUCCUGGGCUUUGAUACAACCCGUUGUUGAAUAAUUAGGAAAAAAAAAAAGGCACUUUCUUGAGGAGCUUGUUCUGCUGUCUCACGAGGAUCCAUCUCUCGAGUUUCUGCUCUGAAGACACACUUGACUUAUGGGAGUCCAAGGCCUCUGGAAGCUGCUGGAGUGCUCCGGGAGGCAGAUCAACCCGGAAACGCUGGAAGGGAAGAUUCUUGCUGUUCAGAAGAGAACUCUGGGCCAGAUAGAUAUACGGGAAUCCAUGCCCAGAGGAUAACAGCCAUGGACAGGGAUGUUGUCAGCGGAGGAAGCCUAGAUAUUAGCAUUUGGUUAAACCAAGCACUUAAAGGAGUCCGGGAUCGCCAUGGGAACACAAUAGAAAAUGCUCACCUUCUCACUUUGUUUCAUCGGCUCUGCAAACUCCUAUUUUUUAGAAUUCGCCCUAUUUUUGUUUUUGAUGGAGAUGCUCCACUAUUGAAGAAACAGACUUUGACUAAGAGAAGGCAAAGAAAGGAUUUCGCAGCCAGUGACUCUAAGAAAACUACAGAGAAGCUCUUGAAAACAUUUUUGAAAAGACAAGCUAUCAAAACUGCCUUAAAAAGCAAAAGAGAUGAAGCAUUACCGAGUCUUACUCAAGUUCAAAGAGAAGAUGACAUCUAUGUUUUACCCCCUUUACAAGAGGAAGAAAAAAAUAGUUCAGAAGAAGAAGAUGAAAAAGAAUGGCAAGAAAGAAUGAACCAAAAACAAGCAUUACAGGAUGAGUUCUUUCAUAAUCCUCAUGCGAUAGAUAUUGAGUCUGAAGAUUUCACCAGCCUGCCUCCUGAGGUAAAGCAUGAAAUCUUGACUGAUAUGAAGGAAUUUACCAAGAGAAGAAGAACAUUAUUUGAAGCAAUGCCAGAGGAGUCCAAUGACUUUUCACAGUAUCAACUCAAAGGCUUGCUUAAAAAAAACUAUCUGAACCAGCACAUAGAAAAUGUACAAAAGGAAAUGAAUCAGCAACAUUCAGGGCAAAUCCAAAGGCAAUAUGAAGAUGAAGGAGGCUUUUUGAAGGAGGUAGAGUCAAGGAGAGUGGUCUCUGAAGACACUUCACAUUAUAUCCUCAUAAAAGGUAUUCAAGCAAAGAAUGUUGCAGAAGUGGAUUCAGAGUCUCUUCCUUCUUCCAGCAAAGUGCGUAGCAUGUCUUUUGAUAUGAAGUCAUCUCCAUGUGAAAAAGUGAAGCCAGAGAAAGAAACUAAUGCUGCUCCUCCUUCUCCAAGAACUUUACUAGCUAUACAAACUGCCAUGCUUGGAAAUAGCUCAGAAGAGGAGUUGGGGAGUGAAAAUAAAAGGCAAUACAAUGAGAAGAAUCCAUCUGCUGCUAUAGAUGAAAGUUCUGCAUCACCAAGGACUCUCUUAGCUAUUCAGAAAGCUCUUAAUGAAGAAGAAGAAAUGAAAUUGCAAGCUGGGAACAAUAUGCAGAUUGGAGGGUCAAGAGUGAAAAAACUGCUUAUGGAAAGUUUUAGUGAGGAAAAUGAUAAAGGACUUAAUGUUAGAGAUGAAAAAGGAAUGCUGUUCACAACAGUAUCUGAUUCAUCCAGUGAGAACUUAGUAAAGAAGAAUGUGACCAGCACUAAAAAUGAUAAAGAGCUAAUAGACUCAGCUCAUUUAUCAAGUACUAACUUUUAUCAAGGCAAUGAAUCCAGUGUUCAGAGAGAACAAAUACCGUUUAUUCACACAGCAAAUGAAGACUUUCAGAUAAGUGGUGAAUCUACGAUUAAGGAUAGAAAAGAUCCAAUUCCUUUAGAUGAAUCUAUGAUUAAGGAUAGAAAAGAUCCAAUUCCUUUAGAAGAUACAGUGGUUAUGCACAGUAAUGCUUCUGGGCUCCAGAAUGGAAGAGAACUGACAUCAGUAUCUUCAACAAGCACAAUUUUUGCAUCAAGAAAUGAAAUACGUACCAAAGUUCUUAAGCUAGAGAAAGAUCUUUGCAUAUCUGAGAGUAAAUAUGAUUCCUCUGUUUUUUCAAGUGAUGAUGAAACAGAAUGUGAAAAACAUCAAGCUUCUAAAAUUGUUAGCUCUGUCAGUUUGCAAGAAAUGAGUAACACAGUAAGUAUCCCUUCAGAGACACCAAGUAACCUAGAAAAGGCAGCAUCAUUUACUACUAAAGAACAUGAGAGUUUCUUGAAAACCAUUCAAGAAAGUGAGACUAUUGAAUCUGCAGGCCAGAAUCUAAUUUCAGUUCCAAAGUCCAUGGAACAAAUGGAAAUUGACUCUGAAGACAGUGAAUCUGAUGGAACUUUCAUUGAAGUGGACAGUGUUAUAAGUAAUAGUGAACCUCAAGCUGAAUUACAUGAAGCUUCUAAACCUUCCUCUGAACAAGGUGAAAAUCCAGUUGCUGAAGAGGAAGCUAAGAAGGAAGUAGCCACUGGUGACGCUGAGAGUCUCCUAAGGGACAGCUCUGAAAACGAGGACUCAGACAUUGAGCCACAUGAAGAGGCUGAAAAAGUUGCAGAUGAUUCAUUCAAUGAAUGGCAAGAUAUUGAUUUGGACGAGCUGGAAACUCUGGAGAGCAACCUUUUAACACAACAGAAUUCAUUGAAAGCUCAAAAACAGCAACAAGAACGGAUUGCUGCUACUGUAACAGGACAGAUGUUCCUGGAAAGUCAGGAACUUCUUCGCCUGUUUGGCAUUCCCUAUAUUGAGGCUCCUAUGGAAGCAGAGGCACAAUGUGCUAUCCUGGACCUGAGUGAUCAAACUUCUGGAACAAUCACUGAUGAUAGUGAUAUUUGGCUGUUUGGAGCACGGCAUGUCUAUAAAAACUUUUUUAAUAAAAACAAGUUUGUAGAAUAUUAUCAAUAUGUGGACUUUCACAACCAAUUAGGAUUAGACCGGAACAAAUUAAUAAAUUUGGCCUAUUUACUUGGAAGUGAUUAUACAGAAGGAAUACCAACUGUAGGUUGUGUAACAGCCAUGGAAAUUCUCAAUGAAUUCCCUGGACAUGGCCUGGAACCUCUCCUAAAAUUCUCAGAGUGGUGGCAAGAAGCUCAAAAAAAUAAGAAGAUAAGACCAAAUCCUUAUGACACCAAAGUGAAGAAAAAGUUACGGAAGUUACAACUCACACCUGGGUUUCCUAACCCAGCUGUCGCAGAAGCUUACCUCAAACCUGUAGUUGAUGACUCUAAAGGAUCAUUUCUGUGGGGGAAACCUGAUCUUGAAAAAAUUAGAGAAUUUUGUCAGCGGUAUUUUGGCUGGAACAGGACUAAAACAGAUGAAUCUCUAUUUCCAGUACUAAAGCGACUGAAUGCACAGCAGACCCAGCUCCGAAUUGAUUCUUUCUUUAGAUUAGCUCAACAGGAGAAACAAGAGACUAAGCGUAUUAAGAGCCAGAGACUCAACAGAGCUGUGACAUGUAUGCUGAGGAAAGAAAGAGAAGAAACAGCCAGUGAAAUAGAAGCGGUUUCUGUUGCUAUGGAGAAAGAAUUUGAGUUUCUUGAUAAGGCAAAAGAAAAAACCCAGAAGAGAAGCAUAGCAAAUAAAUUGAAAGAUUCAUCAAGCCCAAAAAGAAAGAGGCUUUCUGUUUCUAAACGAGAGAAUAAAUGUGGUGGGUUUUUGGGGGAGGCCUAUCUCUCAGAAUCAUCUUCCAGUGAAGAUGUUGAAAGUUUAUCUUUAAAUAAUAUGCAAAUAGGAAAAACAACUAAAGAUUCAAAAAUCAGCUCCUCUGAUUUGCAGAACACAGAGAAACCUGAUCGUGUAAAGGAUGAAGGUGUGACUACUAGUAGCUCUAGCGAUGAUGAUGGAAAGAAAACAAAGGUAGUCAUGGUGACUGCCAAGCCUGUAUUUGGGAAGAAAAAAAGGAAACUGCGAAAUACAAGAGGAAGAAAAAGAAAAACCUAAUUUAAAUAUAUGUAUUUUCUAUAAUUAGAUAUAACAACAUUUCCUAAUGAAUUGCUGUGAGGAAAUAAUAAAAUUAAACAGAUUUGUUCA